AUGCAGGCUUCAAACGAGGCCACCUCGCCACGGCAGCGCGCCACAGUGGUCAUUGGCGACUACGAGCUGGGCCCGGAAAUCGGCAAAGGCUCGUUCGCCAAAGUGUACCGUGGCCUAAACAAGAAAACCAACACGCUUGUAGCGAUAAAGUCUGUCGUGCGGUCGUCCUUGACGCGGCGGCUGCUGGAGAACCUCGAGACGGAAAUCAACAUCCUGCGGACUGUCCGCCACCGGUCGAUUGUCGAGCUGAUUGACUGCCUCAAGUCGCGCAACCAUAUCCACCUGGUCAUGGAGUACUGCUCCUUGGGCGACCUAUCUAGCUACCUAAGGAAGCGCCAGGAGCACGCGGAGCUGCGCAAUGAAUUUGGUGGGCUCAGGAUGGAUGUCGUGCGGAGUUUUGUGCGCCAGCUGGGCGAUGCCAUGCGGUUUUUGAGGGCGAGAGAUGUGAUUCACAGGGAUAUCAAGACCCAGAACAUUCUGCUGCAGCCACCGCCCGGGUACAAAAUGGGGGAGAGCGAGGCAGACGGGGUAUGGCCGGAAAUCAAGGUUGCGGAUUUCGGCUUUGCGCGCAAUCUGCCAUCAUCUGCACUGGCAGAGACGCUGUGCGGGUCGCCGCUGUAUAUGGCGCCGGAGAUCCUGCGCUACGAGCCGUACGAUGCAAAGGCUGACCUAUGGUCGAUUGGCGCGGUCAUUUACGAGAUGAUCACCGGCAGGCAGCCAUUCCAGGCGAGCAACCAUGUGGAGCUUGCGAGGAUUAUCGAGCGCACGAAUGAUCGGAUAUUGUUUCCUGAGGGGAUUGACCCUGUGCUGCGGAGCUUGGUCGCGGGGCUGCUGAAGAUGAAUCCAGCUGACCGGAUGUCGUUUGAGGACUUUUUU